UUUGAAAAUAUUGGCGCUUGUUGGGCUAGCCAUGGUCGUGUACGGCUUCGCAAAUUAGAUUAUUUUUCGAGACAAACCACAAGUGUCUUAUUAGUAAACGCUACCGUGGUAAUGAAGUAAGAAAUAGCCGUUAUUGAUAAAAGCAACACUUCACUCACUGAAGAGAGAUCGCAAUGGCUACUAACGUGUGCAGCCAUGUAAAGGUGGUUGUCAGGGUGAGACCAACCAGCGAAUCUGAAAGGCGGGAAAACUUUCAAACCGUGGUCCAGGUUGUGGAUAACCACAUGCUCAUAUUUGACCCAAAGGAAGAGGAUUCGUCAUGUUUUGGGUCACAAAGAGUACGAAACAGAAACAUCAACAAGAGGGCUAACAAGGACCUGAAAUUUGUUUUUGACCAUGUCUUUAAUGGGAACGCCACUCAAGUUGACAUCUUCGAGAACACUACUAAAGGAGUGUUGGAUGGUGUGAUGAAUGGAUUUAACUGCACAGUAUUUGCGUAUGGAGCGACUGGGGCAGGCAAGACACACACCAUGUUAGGAACACACAAUGACCCUGGGGUCAUGUACCGCACCAUGAAAGAGCUAUUCAAACGCAUGGAUGAGGCCAAGGAGGAGAAGGAGUUUGGUGUUGCCUUUUCAUAUCUUGAGGUUUACAAUGAGCAGAUCAGGGAUUUGUUGGCUAAUGUAGGCCCUCUUGCAGUCAGAGAGGACAGCUCUAAAGGAGUGGUUGUUCAGGGUCUCACACUGCAUACGCCCAAAUCUGCAGAACAAAUUCUUGAGGCCUUGGAUUCUGGGAAUCGAAAUAGAACACAGCAUCCCACUGAUAUGAAUGCCACUUCCUCCCGGUCCCAUGCUGUAUUUCAGAUAUAUUUAAGACAGCAGGACAAAACCGCCAGCCUCAAUCCAAAUGUCUGUGUAGCCAAAUUGAGCCUGAUUGACCUCGCUGGUUCAGAAAGAGCAAGUGCCACCAACGCCAAAGGGGCACGUUUUCGGGAAGGUGCUAACAUUAAUCGCUCACUUCUUGCCCUGGGAAAUGUUAUUAAUGCUCUUGCUGACCCAAAGAGUAAGAAAACUCAUAUCCCAUACAGGGACAGCAAGCUGACACGAAUACUAAAAGACUCUUUGGGGGGAAACUGCCGGACUGUCAUGAUUGCCAAUAUUAGCCCCUCAUCCAAGUCAUAUGACGACACCUGCAACACACUGAAGUAUGCCAACAGGGCAAAGGAGAUCAAGUCUUCGCUGAAGAGUAACGUUGUAAGCCUUGACAGCCACAUCGGCCAAUAUGCAGUGAUAUGUGAGAAGCAACGGCAAGAGAUCCUGCAGUUGAAGCAGAAACUGAAAGAAUAUGAGGAGAGAAAUAUGGCAUUUGGAGCUUCCAAUACAAUCCCUUCCCAGAAACAAGGAGACUUAAAAAGGGUGUCAGAAGCUCUGCAGCAAAUCUUCUUGAGUCGGGCCCAGAUCAGGAGUGAACAGCUGGAUCUGGAGAGACAACUGAAGGAGAAUGAGCUGCGCCAGCGCUACAGUGAGGAAGACAACCUGCAGGUCCAAUAUUUCUGUGCCAAGGAAAAGACUGAGAAGGCCACUUGUAAACAUGAGCGGAAGAUUGCCAGUUUACGAACUCAGCAGCAACACAUAUGUAAGCGUUUGAAGGAGGCAGAAUUCCGUUUCUUGGACAAUGAUGGCUGGCUUCAUCGUGUCGAGAAUGAGAUUAAGCUCCUGAAGUCAAAUGCCCACGCUUCAGAGGUGUUGGAGAAGGAUCUACAUUGCCACAGACUAGGGCUGCAGGUAAAUGAUCUCAAACAACACAUCAAGCAGAUGGUCAAGCUCACUGCACUGCAGGAUCAGGAGAACAAACGCAUGCAGAAAAUGCUGAACAUCUUGUUGCCAGCUUUUAGUCGACACUACUCUACGCUGUGUAGGGCCGGCCUGGCCACAGAAAAAGAUGAGUCGGAGAACCAUGAGCUUGAGCACCUUGUGUUGAGGGAGAGGGGCGUGGUCUGGGCUGACCAGGAAGGGGCGGGGCAGCAGCUGAAAAGUGAAGAGAUUGGAGAGGAAUCACAGGAGACAAAUGAGAUGGGAGAUUCUGAGCGCCAUGGCGAGUUAGCACCCGUCUUGUCAUUCUCACAUCUGCUAUACCACCAGAGUAGCCCCUGCAGUGCAGAAAAACACUCCAAAAGGACAUUAUUGUGCUCUGCUGCUCCAUCACCAAAAGUUAAAGAGAAAUGGACAGAUGCCAAACUGGAUCCAACUGCCAAAAUGCCUAUCAGGAGAAACCUGUGUGCGUCUCUGCCGCCAAAGAGCCCUCAGGUUGUGGCCAAGGCCCAAAGGUUUGAGGAAGGCCUGUUCCCUCUGCAAUGCACACCAGAACCUGUGAAACAAAAUUCUCAGGCACUGCCAAUGAGCUCCUCCAGCGCCAUGGAUCCCAACAUGACUUUUGAAGUGUUGGACAGUGAUGAUCAAACUGCAAGCAAUACAACCAUCAUAAUUAGCGGGGAUAGCCUAUGUCAGGCAUCAAAAUCCACUGACUUCCUAAACUCCAGUCGAUUGCCUCCCAAGACCAACGAUGGGAACCAGGGCUCAACAAAAACACCACAGAUCCCGUCUUUACAAGAGGUGAGAAGAGCCAACCCAACAUACAUGAGCAUGACUUCAGCUGCACAAGGAAAACGUAAACUCAUUGGCAUCCGAGAAGAGUUAUCACAGACUCUCUCUGUGCCGAAACGUAUAAAGAAAGACCCCUCAGUUGCCCGGAGACCACUGAGAGUGCACCGUUUGGGAGGUUCAGAGGAGAACAAGCCUCGGAGGGUUGUAAGGAGCAUAUCUGAGGGUAAUCUCAGCCUUCUUGAACCUCAGAAAUCCAAGUCCAUUUUUUAUAAAACAUCCCAACAGUUCAAACGAGUGACCAAACGGAUGUGAAGCAGCUUCACAGUCAAUAAGUUAGUUAUCAUUUUAAAACAUUUUUCAAUUUACACCCUAUUCUUUCCUCAAUAAUCUUUGCUGAAAUAUUUUCUCAAAUCUUGAACCAUAUGUAAAUGUAUACAGACUGCAUGCAUUACGCGUUUCCUGACUUAGUAAGAUUCUUUUAUUUAGUCAUGCACUAAAUCAGUUUUACUUGACUGUAUAUAAACUUUGUAUAGUUUUGGUUGUAUUUUAAAAACUCAUGUACCCACUUACAGCAAGAAAUAAAGCUGUUGUCUUAAUUUUCUGUUUUUGAACUUCUCUUAAACAGUCUAUCUAGUCAAGGGCAGCUAAUUUUUAAAUGUCCAUGUGAUCAUUUUAAUGGUAAUAUGGAACGGCUGUGUUUUUAUGUUUUAUUGUUUUUUAUUGUACAGUUAAUAACAUGGGGUUAUAGAUGUGUUUUAAUAAAAUGCCUUGAAAUAGAA